UCUUGUGGCCAAGAUUUCCUCAGAGGCCAAGAUUUUCACUAUUGAUAGUGAUAAGCUAAUCUUGUGCAGCAUUUUCACUUGUCUAGUGUACAAGUACAACCAUGGUUUUCAGCUUUUUCCCAUUCAGCAUUCUCUUCUUUCUUGUAUUGGUAACCUCAGCAAGGUUGGUAUAUUCGUUGUCAAACAAUUUUACUGAUGAGCAAGCUUUGCUUUCAUUCAAGUCCUCAAUAACAGAUGACCCCUCGGGUGUGCUGGAGUCGUGGAACAAUUCCAUCCACUUCUGUCAUUGGACAGGCGUUACAUGCAGCCGCAGAAGACAGAGGGUAACUGUACUCGACCUCUCAUCACUAGGCUUGGCGGGUACAUUGUCUCCUCAUAUUGGAAACCUCUCGUUCCUGAGGACAAUUUACCUCUUUGAAAACCGCUUUCAUGGCUUGAUUCCAAAUGACAUUGGUCGACUGUUUCGCCUAAAAACUCUUUCUAUGGGAAACAACUCUUUUCAAGGAGGUUUUCCAGCCGACUUGCAUCGUUGUACAAAUAUCAGAUUCAUCAAUUUGCACAAAAACAAUCUUCAAGGAGAAUUAGCUACUGACUUUGCUUCUUGGUCUCAGCUUUAUUAUUUUUCUGUUGGAAACAAUCAGUUUACAGGAUCAAUUCCACCUUCAAUAGGUAAUACAUCAUCACUUCGUACUCUUUUUUUAUACAAAAACAAUUUUGAAGGAAAUCUACCCACUGAGUUUGCCUCUUGGUCUAAGCUUGAUUUCAUCGAUCUUAGCAACAAUCAUAUUAGUGGAUCAAUUCCACCGUCGAUAGGAAAUGUAUCAUCACUCCGUUCGAUUCAUCUCGCUUGUAACAAUUUAACUGGUGACAUACCUCGGGAAGUGGCUCAUUUUGCAAAAUUGGAGGAUCUUGAUUUGUCAGCAAACAGAUUGUCGGGUAUGAUUCCCCGACCACUUUUUAACAUAUCGUCUCUCUAUAUUGUUGGUCUUGCCGUUAACAUGUUAAAAGGAACACUUCCAUCGGAUUUGGGCUUCACCCUUCCUAAGCUGCAAGAAUUUUAUGUUGGUGAGAACAAACUUUCAGGACCAUUUCCACCGUCAGUUGUUAAUGCGUCUAAUCUUGUUUUCUUUGAUAUCAAUAAAAACAGUAUUUUUGGGCCUAUACCAAACAAUUUGGGCAGCCUUCUGAAUCUUGAUUGGCUAGGUCUGGGUCAGAAUCCACUUGGAGAGAAUAUGCGGUACAAUGAUUGGAGCUUUCUUGAUUCCUUGGUUAAUUGUACCCAUCUAAAGAGAUUGAGCUUGGGCGAGACUAGUUUAAGAGGGGAGCUCCCUGAUUCCAUUGCGAAUCUCUCCACCACUUUGGAAGACCUGUAUAUGUAUGGAAACUAUAUAUAUGGAAGCAUACCUCAUGGAAUUGGAAAACUGGAGAAAAUGAUACAUCUUAAUUUGGGAGACAACUUCUUAACGGGGAGCAUUCCACAAUCAAUUGGAAGACUAUCAAAAUUAGGCCUGCUAGCUUUGGCUGGAAACAACAUUUCAGGUGCAAUUCCAACUUCCAUUAGCAACAUUACUCAUUUAGUUAAACUCUAUUUAUAUGAUAAUGUGCUGCAAGGAAGCAUACCUGCUGAAUUGUUUAACAUCUCAACUCUAGAGGUAGUGUCCAUUGCUAACAACCGGCUUGGAGGUGCAAUACCUAAUGAAAUUCUGUUCUUGUCGCAUUGUAUUCGACUUAGUUUGUCCCAAAAUUUAUUUAGCGGUCCACUUCCAUCCAACAUUGGAAGCUUGAAACAACUGGUUAAACUCGGCGUUUCAAACAACAAACUCGGAGGAGAUAUACCAGCUACUCUUGGUGAUUGUGUAAUGUUGGAGAUGUUAUAUAUGGAUGGAAACCUUUUUCAAGGUGAAAUUCCAUCUUCUUUUAAAGCAUUGAAAAAUCUUGCUUUUCUAGAUCUUUCCGACAAUAACAUCUCUGGGAGUAUUCCGAGUUUUUUGAAUGGCUUUCAAUUUAUCAAAUUUCUCAACUUGUCACACAACAAGCUUGAAGGUGAAGUGCCUACAGAAGGUCAGUUUUCAAAUAUGAGUGCCUUUUCAGUUGCUGGAAAUUUGGAGCUUUGUGGAGGCAUUCCAGCAUUGCAUUUGGUUGCCUGUCCUCGAAAAGUCUCAAGACAUAAGAAAGUAGCAUUUGCCCCAAGGAUAAUACUAAUUGUAGUUCUUGUACCCCUUGGUGUAUUGUUUUUUUGUCUUGCGUUGAUUUCUUAUCAACGUAGAAACUCCAAGAAGUUGAAUGACCCCGUCCCAGUAUUGAAGGAUGAUCAAUAUCCCAAGCUUUCAUACCAAGACCUUCUGCUGGCCACAAAUGAAUUUUCUCCAGACAAUUUGCUCGGUCAAGGAAGAUACAGUUCUGUUUACAAAGGAGUUCUCGAAUCAGUGGAACACAUACUUGCUGUCAAGGUACUAAACAUUGAAAUACAUGGAGCUAACAAGACUUUUCUGGCAGAGUGUGAAACAUUGAGGCACAUUCGUCAUCGAAAUCUUAUCAAGAUCAUCACAGCAUGCUCUAGCACUGAUUUUAAGGGCAAUGACUUUAAGGCAUUGGUUUUUGAGUUCAUGACUAAUGGGAGUGUGGACAACUGGUUGCAUCCAAGUCCUUCUGAUGAAGGGAAUGAAAGAAACUUGACUCUACUUCAGAGAGUAAAUAUUUCCAUCGACGUUGCACUAGGAAUGGAUUACUUACAUCAUCACUCUCAUGCAAGUAUCAUUCAUUGCGACCUAAAGCCAAGUAAUGUUCUUCUCGAUGAUGAUCUUGUUGCUCGUAUCAGUGAUUUUGGUUUGGCAAGAUUCUACUUUGCUACUACAAGUGACAUCAAUCAAUCACAAAUGAGUUCUACCGGUGUACGUGGAACAAUUGGAUAUGUGCCUCCAGAGUAUGGAAUGGGUGGGGAGAUAUCUGCUGAAGGAGAUGUAUAUAGCUACGGAAUCUUUCUACUAGAGAUGUUUACAGGAAAACGACCUACAUGUAGCAGCACGUUGCUGGACAAUAAUAAUAGUCUUCAUGACUAUGUGAGGAAAGCCCUCCCUUCUGGGGUGAUGAACAUUCUUGACCCGCGGAUCAUAAUAGAUCUAGACGAUCAUGGUUUGACAACAAAUCAGUCAUACAAGAAGGCUGCCUUAGAGGCAUGCCUGGCAUCAAUAUUUCAAGUGGGGAUACUAUGUUCACUAGAAAUGCCCAAAGAGCGCAUUGACAUUGGUAUUGCUAUCAAGCAGCUUCAUGCAGCAAGAGACAAUCUUCUACAGCACAGCUAGUAACCCAUGUCUAUGUUUCUCUGCUUUUCCUAUGAUUCUCUGAUCUUGUAUUGAACUAAAACAUGGCUUUUAAUAAUAUGUUUACACAUUUUGCUUAAUUCCA